GCCUCCUCCUCCUCCUCCUCGCCCUCCUCCUCCCACUUCCUCCGCACAAUGCAAGCAGCCGCCCGAGCGGGGCAGAAGCAGCCGCCGGCCCCCCCCCGCCGCCGACCCCCCCGGCCCGGCGCCGUAAGAUGCUCCCGGGGAGGCAGCGCCGCGAGGAAAGCCAGCUGACCUCGCUCGCCCCACGUCCCAGUCCCGACGCCGGCUGCGACGUAUAGAUGGCCGCGAAACGUCAGCCGGAGCCUUUGGAUGCCGUCAUCUUCAACAAGCUGCCUCGGGUGGACGCCGAGCCCGGCCCGGGCUUCCCGCCCGUGCUCUGCAAACCCAGCCCCGUGCCCACGGCCGGCUCCGAACACCACCUCAGCUACAAGGGCUCCUACUUCUCCUGCCCGCGCGCCGAGGGCCCGCUCCUGCACUGCCUCCUCCACCGGCCCCGCAGCCCCCCGCCAGGCAGGCUGGGUGCUGAGCAGGGCGCGGAUGCCCUGGUGUGGGACCUGCUGAUGGCGCGGGACAAGUGGCCCGGCCACCAGGGCCACCCCUUCCCGCUGAAGAAGCCGGUGGCCGUCCCCAAGCCGGUGUACGCGGCCCCGCUGUGCUUCACCCCGCUGGGCUCCCGGGGGGCGGACAGCACCCUGCAGAGGGCACCGGGGGCUGCGUCCCCCCACGGCGAGCCCCCCCGCAGGGGUCCACACCCCGAGCCCAGCCUCCUGCCGCUGGCCCCGGCCUCCCCCGUGGCCUUCUCCCCCUAUUACGCUGCCUUUGAGAAAUACCGAGCCCCCCCCGCCGCACACGACCUGGCCAAGGCCCCCGAGCUCCCUGGCCGGAUCCAGGACUCCUGGCCCAAGCUCCGUCCUCCUGCUGGCAGCCCGGUGCACCGGGAGCAUCCCCCGGCGUGCUACCCGCAGCCCCCCUUCCCGCAGCCCCCCUACCCACAGCCUCCACGUGUGGAGCAGCCUCCGGGCUCCCUCUCCUCCUACAAAGCCCUCAGCUUUUCAGCCAGUGGGGAGCCUGCCCCUUUUCCUGGUGCUUACCUCAAACCCCAAACCCCCAGGAGCUACUUUCCCAUCCCCUUGGAUGGCUUCGUGCCCAGGCCGGCUGGACCUGGCGCGCUGCCCUCACCGAAGGCAGCGGGGCUGCCGAGGGCUGCCGAGCCUCCGCUGCCCGCCGGGUUCCUCCAGCCGAGCCCCGGUUUCGCCUUCAGCCCCAUGGAGGCGGCUUUAUUCGGUGUCACGGAGCACCACGGGGCUGGGCGAGCGGCGCCGGUGGAGCCCUGUGGAGGGAGGCCGGUGGCGAGGCCCGGCAGCGCCUUCCACCCUGUCCGCACCCCGCAGAAGAUGCCCGAGGGACUCGCGGGGAAGUUCCCCAAGGGAGACGCCGGCUACGGGCUGGACGUGGUGGCCAAAGGCAGCCCCAUCCCGCCCCAGCACCACCCAGGCACGGGGGACGCUUGUAGGGUCGGGGAUGUAACCCAGGAGCCCGCUGGGGCCACCUGUCCCCGGGAGAGGCUGAGGGACCUCAAAAGCAGGGAGAUGUCCGGGGAGAUGUCCCCCGCCUCCCCGCCGAUGCCGGUGAUCAACAACGUCUUCAGCCUGGCGCCUUACCGGGAGUACCUGGAGGGGCCCGAGGGCUCCGCCGAUGUCCCUGUCCCCAAGGAGAAGAGCCGGGGGGACACCCCGCCCCAAAACACAGCCGGCACUUGGGACCCCAUUGCCGUCAAGGUGUCGGUGACGUCCAGCGAAGGGGAGGGUGCUGACCAAAAAGUGCCCCCAGAGGGGCCCACGGCAAAGGCUGUGUCCCCAGAGCUGCCGGCCAAAAGCCACGGGGGGCUCCAGGGCGGUGAGGUGGCGCUGGACCUGAGCUUGAAGAAGAGCCUGGUGACAACAGGGGACAUCCACCCGGACACCGGACAGCUCCGGGAGGACAAAGAGGGGCCACUGGGGAAGGUGGAGGAGGUGGUGGAAGACACCAAGCCCCCAGUGCCACCCCAGCUGGCAGAGGCCGUUUCUGGGGACAGGAGCCACUUCCAGAGCUCGGCCGCCUUCAUGUCCAAGAAAUACAAGAUCCUCAGGUCCUGGGGGCCGCCCCGUGCCCCCCAGCUCAGCCCUGUGCCUCGCAGCCCCCCCGGCUCCCCGCCGCCCAGCACCUCGGCCCCGCAGGGGACCUGCCACCGCCGCCUGACGCUGACGGACGUGCUUGUGCCCCAAGCCCCCCCUGCGCCGGGGGAGGACGCAGCCCCCCUGCCCACCCUCUGCGAUGCCCCAGCCCGCCAGGGCUCGGGCAGCCCGUGCUUUGCCACCCUGCACACUGCCCUCUGCGACGUCCUCACCUGCUCGGUGGCCGGGUCCUCCCCAGAGCUACUGCAGGAGUGGCUGAGGAGGACGGAGCCGGAGGAGGCGCUGGCGGAGAUGCCCAGGUCCCCCCCCAAACCCAAGAACGGUGCCAGGCUCCCCGAGCCCCCCAAGCUCCCCAGGGGCAAGGAGAUCUGGCUGGCUUUCCGGGACGUGGCCGUGCUGCUCAGCAAGCUGCUGUCCCAGCUGGAGACCUUCAUGUUCACCCGCAAGUGCCCCUUUCCCCACGUGGUGCGGGCGGGUGCCAUCUUCAUCCCCAUCCACGUGGUGAAGGAGAAGCUCUUCCCCAAGCUGCCCGGCGCCUCCGUUGACCAAGUGCUGCAGGAGCACAAGGUGGAGCUGCGUCCCACCACGCUCUCCGAGGAGAAGCUGCUGAGGGACCUGGAGCUCAAGAGCUGCACCUCACGCAUGCUGAAGCUGCUGGCGCUCAAGCAGCUCCCCGACAUCUACCCAGACCUGCUGAACCUCCUGUGGCACCACUCCAUCAGGCAGCAGCUCGGUUCUCGGGACGGGGACAACCCCACCUGUCCCUCGUGUCUUCGUGCUGCAGCUGGAGGCCGGCACCGAGAGCUUUGUGUCGUACGGGGUGGAGGCCGGAGGCUGGCCAGUAGGUGA